AUGAAUUCAGUUGUGGAAAAUUCAAUGAAAACUCCGAUGGAGCAAGUCGACGAACUAAAGUAUUGGCUAGCUACCGCUCCAGUUAAUUGGGAUUCAGACCAAAAUAUCCGGCGUUAUCUUCUUCCUACUGGCGAAUAUAUUUCAUGUGUUCUCUGGAAUAGUCUUUAUCAUAUAACAGGUACCGAUAUAGUUCGGAGUCUGGUAUUCCGCUUCCAAGCAUUCGGUAGACCAGUAACAAACAUCAAAAAGUUCGAAGAAGGUGUUUUUAGUGACUUGCGUAACCUAAAGCCAGGCAUGGAUGCUUCCCUCGAAGAACCUAAGUCCGAAUUUCUCGAAAUGUUAUACAAAAAUAACUGUAUAAGAACUCAAAAGAAGCAAAAAGUGUUCUAUUGGUUUUCUGUACCACACGACCGCCUGUUCUUGGAUGCUUUAGAACGUGAUUUGAAACGUGAAAAAAUGGGGAUAGAACCUACCACCGUUGCUAGAACUGAACCUGCCCUUUCGUUCUCAUUUGAUUCGACACAAUCGCUUUAUGACCAAUUUACCAAAGGAAUGUCACCUGGUUCAUCCGCACCGCCAUCGCCACAACUUCGAAGUCUUAUGUUUGAUCCUUCCUUAACUCCGAUGGCUCCCGCAAUGAUUCCUAUUAAAACCGAUGAUCCUUCGGGCGUUUUAUAUCCUCUUGAUCAAGAGGCAAUGGGUAAUACUGCAUCUGCUCAACCUUCCUUAGGCACAUUUGCAUUGUUCCAGCCAAUGUCUCAGUGUGAACCUUUAGUAAAACAGCAAAUAUAUCCAUCUCCAGAACUUGGUUACUGUUCUAUGGAUGAAAUUCAAAAAGGUCAUUUUGAAGCGGGCUCGCCUACUGAGUAUUUUGUUUCAGGAUCACCUUGGAGUAAUUCACCAUUAGAUGAUCAAUAUAUUGAUGCUAGACACCCAUCACCUGAUCAUUCUGAUGGACAUGUGUCUAACUUAUCUCAAGCGAUUGUGCCUUCAUCAACAUAUAGCAAUUCUAACAUGGCCGCUGCCGCCGCUAAUCUCUUUGGAAUGUUUUCAAUUUUCGAGGGUACCCCAACAUAUAAGCAAAGGAGAAGAAGAGCAAAUUCAUGCACAAAUAUAAAUGUGAACAAUUCUCCUCCACGAUCUAAUACUACUCCUUACCCUCUCAAGACCUAUACAUGCCCACUUCCAACAUGCGGUCGUCUAUUUAAACGCCUUGAACACUUGAAGCGUCAUGUCCGUACGCAUACAAUGGAAAGACCUUAUUCCUGCCAAGUUUGCGGCAAGAGGUUCUCUAGGUCUGAUAAUUUAGCACAACAUCGCAAGACCCAUGAGCGUAGUCUCAGUAAUUCUCCACCCCCUUCUGAUGACGGUUCCUGUAACUCUGACCUUAGUUAUGAAGAAGGUAUUGUCAAUGACUGCUAUACUUAUGACAAUUCAGAAAUGACACAGCAACAUUGUAUCCCUGAUGGCCUCGCUGUAUACACUGUAGAACAUUCAAACUUCCCGAUCUUCAAUAUGCCAUACUUGGAAGGAAAUCCUACAAACGGAAUACUUGCUUAA